CAAUCUCUCUCUCUCUCUCUCUCUCUCUCUCUCUCUCUCUCUCUCUGUAUGUAUAUGUAUAUAUAUGUAUGUUAUUGGAGUGUAUUAAAUCAAUGUCACAUAAAAGUUGGUGUUUUAAGUUGGCUUUAAAUUCGAAGGGGCAGAUGCGUGUGUAGAAAUAUUCAGCUAGCAAGGGGAUUUGGCUUUAGCUUUUGUAGGCAUAUAUCCCACAGUCUGUGCAUUUGCUUGAUCUGUUGAUCAUCAUCUUUAUUGGGUGGUGCGUGGUGCGUGGUGGUGCCGCCGGGGAAAUUGAUGGGAGCAAUCUUUCCAUUUUCAGAACAUAUUGCCGCCAAGCUCGACGUCAUGCAUUCUUAAUGCUUGCCUCGUUCGCUAGCUUCCGCACGCAUAUAUAUAAACUACAUUGUCUCUUCUCCAAAGCUUGAAGAUUCACCAGCAGCUGCUUCCAGUUAUCUCAAACUGAAAAUGGAGGGUUUUGGCCGCCGGUGGACAUUGGUCGCCGCUGCUCUCGCCGGAAUUCUCUUCCUUCAACUCGGCCUCUGUUCUGCAGAAAAAGCUCGAAACUACACGUUCAUGCACGAAGCAACAUCGUCGCCGGAAAUAUCUUACUACGACUACAUCAUCGUCGGCGGCGGCACCGCAGGCUGCCCGUUGGCCGCCACCCUCUCCCAGAACUACAGCGUCCUGCUGCUCGAACGUGGCGGCUCGCCCUACGGCAACCCCAACAUAACCAACCUAGAAGGAUUCGGUCAAGCCCUCUCCGAUCUCUCCCCGAACUCACCGUCGCAGCGCUUCGUCUCCGAGGACGGCGUCAUAAACGCCCGAGGGCGCGUGUUGGGCGGCGGGAGCUGCCUGAACGCCGGGUUCUACACACGAGCCGGCACAGGCUACGUGAAACAGGUGGGCUGGGACGGGCGACUGGUGAACGAGUCGUACGCGUGGGUGGAAAAGGUGGUGGCGUUCCAGCCACCGGUGAAGGCGUGGCAAUCGGCGGUGAGGGAUGGGCUCGUUGAAGCUGGGGUAGUGCCGUACAACGGAUUCACGUACGACCAUCUGUAUGGAACUAAGAUCGGCGGGACGAUAUUUGAUCCCGAUGGCCACCGGCAUACGGCGGCGGAUUUGCUUCAGAAUGCUAACCCUAACGGCCUCACUGUCCUUCUGCAUGCCACUGUUCACAAGAUCCUGUUCAGAAUCAAAGGAAAACCAAGGCCAGUGGCUCAUGGAGUGACAUUCAGAGAUGCAUUGGGAAAGAAACAUAGAGCGUACCUGAGAAAUGGGUCAAAGAACGAGAUCAUUGUUUCUGCUGGGGCAUUGGGAAGCCCACAGAUUCUGAUGUUGAGUGGGCUCGGCCCCGCGGCCCACCUGAAAGCCCAUAACAUAACAGUGGUGCUGGACCAGCCGAUGGUGGGGCAGGGCAUGUCGGACAACCCCAUGAACGCCAUCUUCAUCCCCUCUCCUCUCCCCGUCGAGGUCUCUCUAAUCCAAGUCGUCGGCAUCACCCAGUUCGGAAGCUACAUUGAGGCCGCCAGCGGCCAAAACUUUGCCGGCGGCGCUCCCAGAGACUACGGCAUGUUCUCUCCCAAGAUAGGGCAGCUUUCGGUGGUUCCACCGAAGCAAAGAACGCAAGAAGCCAUUGACAAAGCCGUGGAAGCCAUGAGUGCACUGGAUCAAGCAGCUUUCAGAGGAGGGUUCAUCCUGGAGAAGGUGAUGGGGCCUAUCUCCACCGGGCAUCUGCAUCUCCAGACUCGAAAUCCUAAUGACAACCCGUCGGUGACCUUCAACUAUUUCCAGGAGGCGGAGGACUUGAGGCGAUGCGUGGAGGGCAUCCAAACCAUCGAAAGAAUCAUCGACUCGAACGCCUUCUCCAAGUUUAAGUACGAGGCUAUGUCGGUACCCUCGCUUCUGAACAUGACUCUGGGUUUUCCGGUGAACUUGCUACCGAAACACAGGAAUGCUUCGAUUUCUUUGGAACAGUUUUGCAAGGACACUGUGAUGACAAUAUGGCAUUAUCAUGGAGGUUGCCACGUUGGUAGGGUUGUGGAUCGAGAUUACAAAGUUCUUGGGGUGGAUGCCCUCCGAGUCAUCGACGGUUCCACCUUCAAUUACUCGCCCGGAACUAAUCCUCAAGCCACUGUCAUGAUGCUCGGAAGGUACAUGGGGGUGAAGAUGCUAAGUGAGAGACUUUCAAGCUAGUGAUGAUUAAUUCAUAUGGGCAUCAUAAACUUUUAUUUUGGGGGAGAUAACUUUGUGUGCAUUGCAUAUAUACUAUAUAUAGGCCAAAGUUGUUGAUUUUGGUGAUGUAAUUGCUGAGUUUUUGUAAGAUUGUUGCAUGGUCUGGGCCAUAUAAUAAUAUAUUUAUGAUAUAUAUAUAUAUAUAUAUACAAUAAACUUUGGGCCCAACUCAAACAAAUUCUUUGUACUGUCAUAAAGAGAAGAGAAAGGAAUUCU